AUGCCCUCAGCUCAAGAUCCAUUUUACGUUGUCAAGGAAGAUAUUCAAGAUUCUAUUGAUAGGUUGCAAUCUAAUUUUUACCAAUGGGAAAAUACUUUAGAUACUGGGGAGCAUUUGAACCUUACAAAGGAAGUUCUUGCAGCUUGUGGAAGUAUUGAGUGGCAGGUGGAUGAAUUGGACAAAGCAAUUUCUGUAGCAUCUAGAGAUCCUUCUUGGUAUGGCAUUGAUGAAAAGGAGAUUGAAAAUCGGAGGAGGUGGACGAGCAAUGCUCGCACGCAGGUGCUCACGGUUAAGAAAACAGUGGAAGCUAGAAAGGGAUCAAAUACAACAACUCAUGCUAAUAUGAAUGGUAUGCACAGGGAGUUAAUGAGGCAACCUGAUUCUCAUCAAAGCACAUCCAAGUCCAACCAAUAUGCCGCUGGGAAGAAUGAUGAUUUCAUAGAAUCAGAGUCAGAUAGGCAAAUGCUUCUUAUAAAGAGGCAAGAUGAGGAGUUAGACGAGCUUAGUUUAAGCGUACAAAGAAUCGGAGGUGUUGGGCUUACUAUACAUGAAGAGCUCCUAGGGCAGGAAAAGAUUCUAGAUGAACUUGGCAAUGAGAUGGACAGUACAUCCCAUCGUCUUGAUUUCGUCCAAAAAAGAGUAGCAAUGGUGAUGAAGAAGGCCAGUGUAAAGGGACAGAUGAUGAUGUUAUGUGGUUUGCUGGCUCUGUUCAUUUUCCUUUUUAUCUUGGUUUUCUUCACCUAG